AUGGGGUUAGCUUUGUGUAAAUGGCUGAAUAGUGGUCCUACCUGGAGUAGAGUUUCUUCGUCCUCCUCUUCAUCCUCCUCCUCCCCGUUUCACCCUCUGGCUGUAUCCAUGGUGUCUCGUCUAGCAGUCCUGCUGGACACCCCCCCGGCCCCCGCAGCAGACCCCCGGUCCCUCUGGAGCCCCGGCCAUCAUUCCCCAAACUUCUGCCUGAUACAGGGUGGAGUGGUGGCCCAUCGUGUCCCCACCCAGCAGAGUACGGAUGCAGUGCGGGCGGCCCUGGGGCAGGGGGUGGGGCUGCACGUGUGGGAGGUGAGCUGGGAUCCAGCAGAAAGGGGGAGCCACGCCGUGGUGGGCGUGGCCACUCAGCAGUGCCCCCUACAGACAUCAGGCUACAGGGUGCUGGUCGGAGGAGAUAAGGAGUCCUGGGGGUGGGAGCUGGGCUCCAACCAACUCUGGCAUGGCAACGUGCCUCAGGGUCUCUACCCUGGAAGCAAAGAAGAUGGAGGGGGAGAGCGCCCCCCGGUGGCCGUGCCAGGCAGCAUCCUGAUGGUUCUGGAUGCUGAUGCUGGGACCCUGGGCUUCGUGGUGGACGGUUGCUUCCUGGGUGUGGCCAUGCGGGGCCUGCCACGAGGAGCCCCUCUGUUCCCCGCUGCCAGCAGUGUGUGGGGUCGAUGUCGUAUCGGCCUGCGCUACGUGAACGGCGCCUCCCGGGAGCCUCCAUCUCUGACAUCACUGUGCCGCCUAUCUGUUCGCCAAGCCUUGGGCAAAGACCAAGGGAAGCAUGUGGAUGACCUGCGGCUGGCCCCAGCUCUCCGGCGCCUUCUCUGA